AUGGAGACGCUGACGGCGCCGGAGCCGCAGAGCUACGAAGACGUGCGCAAGAGCGGCUACCUCCGCAAGCAGAAGUCCAUGCACCGGCGCUUCUUCGUGCUCCGGGCCGCCUCGGAGCACGGCCCCGCGCGCCUCGAGUACUACGAGAACGAGAAGAAAUUCCGCAGCAAGUCGCCCGUGCCCAAGAAAGUGGUGCACCUGGACUCGUGCUUCAACAUCAACAAGCGGGCGGAUUCCAAGAACAAGCACAUGAUCGUGCUGUACACGCGCGGGGAGAGCUUCGCCAUCGCCGCGGACACCGAGCAGGCUCAGAACGAGUGGUACCAGGCCAUGCUGGACCUCCAGUGCAGAAGUAAAACACCUGAUGACUAUGGUAGUGGAGGAGAGUGUGGAUUGCUGUCCCCCGGCCCUGCCUUUAAGGAGGUUUGGCAGGUGAAACUUUGGCCCAAGGGCUUGGGCCAGGCAAGGAACCUGAUUGGCAUCUACCGGCUCUGCCUUACUGAUAAGACAGUCAAUUUUGUUAAGCUGAACUCGGAUGUAGCUGCUGUGGUGCUCCAACUGAUGAACGUGCGACGCUGUGGCCAUUCAGAGAACUUUUUCUUCAUUGAGGUGGGCCGCUCGGCCAUGACAGGACCUGGAGAGUUUUGGAUGCAGGUAGAAGAUUCUGUAGUAGCACAGAACAUGCAUGAGACUCUACUAGAGGCCAUGAAAGCCUUGAGCGAGGAGUUCCGGCAGCGCAGCAAGACCCAGGCAGCGGGUGCGUCUUGUGGAGGGGGCACUGCUUCUAACCCUAUUAGUGUACCAUCCCGACGCCACCACCCAAAUCUGCCACCAUCCCAGGUUGGUUUCUCCAGGCGAGCUAGAACUGAGACUCCUGGAGUGCCGCACAGCACCAACACAUCCCCCACCCCACGACACGGUUUCUCCAGGUCACGGACAGCCAGUAUUGGGGCUCGGGCAGAAGACGGUAGUGGCAGAAUGACGGCACUUAGCACUAGUCCAAGCCUUAACGGUUCUUCUUGCUCUACCACUCCCACCCUGCGACCCAAACCCACGCGGGCACCCACCCCCGCCAAAAUUACACUCAGUCUGGCACGAUACACUCCCAACCCGGCACCCUCCCCGGCCCCCAGUCUCUCCUCUAGCUCUGGCCAUGGCUCAGAAUGUGGAUUGGGUGGAGCUCCAAUGGGAACAGUGCCCAUCUGCACCUAUGCUCGGAUUCCCCAGAGAGUGUCCAUGUCAGGCUCACCCAGUGACUACGGCUCGUCUGAUGAGUAUGGCUCCAGCCCUGGUGAACACUCUCUUUUGGCUGCAGGACUCCCUGCUCCUUUAGUGGACGCCUCUACUGGCUGUGUUUUAGUGGGACACCGUAACAGCUCUCACAAGCGAGCACACGGGCGCAGGGUUCUUCGCCGCUCAUCCAGCAGAGAGUGUGAAGCUGAACGCAGGUUACUGAGCAAGCGUGCCUCCCUUCCACCUUCUUCUGCUCAGGAGCGCCUUGUGCCUCGUCGCAGGGAGGAGGAAGAAGAGGAAGAUGAAGACUAUGCUGUUAUGUCUCGCAGUGCCAGCAGGGAGUCAUUCACCUCUCGACGAGGCUCAGGAAGCUCAGCGACAACUUCAAGUGGGCAGCUGGAAAAUUCAGCAGAUAAAGGUGUCAAUACGAGGGAGGUUCCGGAGGAUGCAUCGAUUGAGAGUGGCUACAUGUCCAUGUUGCCAGGAGUUACGGCUCCUCCUGCAAGUCUUUCUCUUUCAGUGUCCGAAGCUGAAUCUAAGGGAGGCGAUGAGUAUAUGGCUAUGACCCCAAACAGCAGUGUUUCUCCACCGCAGCACAUUCGUGUUCCUGUUUCUGAGGGCUACAUGAUCAUGUCUCCUAACAGCAGCUGUUCACCAGAUCUGCAUGGUAUGAGUGGGUGCUUGUGGGGGAGCAGGAGCAGCAUGGAGAGUCGUGCAGGAAGUGACUACAUGAACAUGUCGCCCAUCAGUGCCAGAUCAGCCUGCAGCACGCCCCCUUCACAUCCUGAACAGCACCCAUUGCAGCCCAAAACUGUCUAUUCCUACUUCUCCCUGCCACGCUCCUACAAACACACCACCCUCUCCACUCGUUUUGAGGAUGAUUUGGGUCAGGGUAGGAGGCCAGAAGGAGUUUGUAGGAGUGACAGUGGUGCUGGAGGAAGAGUUAGGCAUAGUGGUUACCCUAGUGGUGGUGACUCGUCUGUUGGCCCAAACGGAGGUGGUCACCUGUCCUUGUCCUCCUCGUCUUUCUCGUCGAGUUCAGCAAGCACGGAGAGCUUGGAGGACAAACCAUUGUCCUUGCCUGCUGGGAUAGUAGGGAAGACCACCAGGUCGAGCACAGGACACAGGGUAGGGGGUGCUCACCCCAAAGACUCAGCUCACCACUAUCACCAGCAGAGACGAGGGCCAGGGGUCCAGAAACAGGGUCAUCCACAGCAACGAAAAGGCAGACCCUUCAGCCUCUUUGUGGACAUGUCCAAAGCUAACACCCUGCCUAGAGUUAGGGAGACCUUGCAACCCACAGUACCCCAGAGCUCUGGUGAGUAUGUUAGCAUUGUUUAUCAGGGUGAACAAGGAAGCUGCAACAAAGGGGUAACAGCAGUAGAUCAGGGGUGCUCUGUGGUGCAAAGGCAUCCAAAGACAUUAUAUGGACCACCUCAAUGCCAAGUUGGCAGUACUAGUCUACCCCGCAGUUUCUCAGCACCCCUCUCCACAACCAUCUCCACAUCCUCAGAGUACGUUAACAUGGAUUUAGGCAACUCGCCAUCUCCACUGUCUUGCACACCCCUUUCUUCUUUCAACCCUGCUCCAGCAAUAGCCCCAAAGGCCAGAGAGAAGCUCACCAGAGCUCCUCAGGUGGGACAGGAAGCUGAAAUGGGACACAGAAAGAGUAGUAAAAUUACUUUGGCAUCUAAAGACAUAACUGCUGCUCCUUUUACAGACUACACAGAAAUGGCCUUUGGACUGGUUGCAGCAGAAGGCGCUUCACAUUGCCCUAAACCUAGUCAAACAGCUGAGCCGUCCUCUAUGGAGAGGGAACAAAGCAUGGAGUUCCCCUCGCCCAAGGCUUUCCCCAAGUCAGAUCAAGGUGCUCGAGUGGUCAGAGCAGAAUCAUCAGCAAGGCGAAGGCACCGCUCUGACACCUUCAAGGCACCUCCACCUCUCCCUCUUUCUCCCUCUACCUCCUCCUCCAUUUUUCCUGAAACCCCUCAGGCCAAUCCACCUCGACGCCAUGGCCUAGAUAGUUCCCUUUGGGCUACUGGACAGCCAACCACUUCACAGUGUGCUGGUCCUGGAGUGGCAGCUGUACCUACAGCCCAGGCAGCAUCCUCAUCUUUAGAGCAAAGUCUGAACUACAUUGAUCUUGACUUGGCCAGUAAGGAGAGCCCUCAGAUCAGCCUGGACGGAUCUUCUGGCUCUCACUUCUCUGUCCUGGGAGGAGGGUCAACGGUAGGGUUGGCUGGAACAGCAGUGGGGGGAAACACCAACUCCAACAUCAACACCUAUGCCAGCAUCGACUUCUUCAAGUCAGAGGAACUAAGAGUCCACCAGAGCAGCAGGAAAGACAGCAAAGAGUGUUGAUCUCCCUUCUUGCUGGAGAAGAACCAAAAGCUGGUCCAUGCUCCACUGAUCUGUGUGUGUAUGCGUGUAAGUGUGUGUAUGUAUGCGUGUAAGUGUGUGUGUGGGUGUGUGUGUGUGUGUGUGUGUGUGUGUGUACAGGUGUGGAGGCUUACUCCAUGUGACACACCGUAAGAUUUUCAUCGCAAUCGGUUACAAUCGAUACAGAAUUUGCCAAAAGACUAGUGGUCAUAUCUCCCCGUGAACACUGAGAUGAACAGUCCUUCAGCCAAUCAGGAGGGACUACAGCGACUCUGACUGCCAACCAAGAGCCAAUGAUAUUCCUUUUUUCUUCUUUCCUUCAUUAUGAAAUUGAAAAAAAAUUGUAAUACAGAUGUUACAUAGUCUAACGAUAGAUGAGAUACAUAUAUAGUAUACAUAAUAUUGCUGAGAGAAGUAUAUAUGACUUUUUAAAAAGUGCCUCAUUUUUGAUUGUAGCCAUUUUUACACAGGUCCUGAUGCGCUCUGUGCGAGGAAAAAAAAAGCUUUCUGUUCGCCGUCUCGCUUUGUCCGUCACUUUGUGUUCCUGAGAAAGAGAGUGGAAAAGAAAGAGUGAAGAGAGACAGAGAGAGAGAGAGAGAGAGACAGAGAGAGAGAGAGAGAGAGAGAGAGAGAGUGUAGAAAUGUAAGUUCAGAGCGAAUAGUGUAUUAGUUUGUAUAAUCUGAUUGCCUUAUUGUGUUUGAUGAGGUGUACAGCACUGUAGAAAGGUCAAAGACCACGCUUCAUUUCUUUCAUUUCCAGUCAAAAUGGCCAUUUAGCACAAGUGAUUCAUUUUUCAGCAUCAGGUAAAAAAGCAGGAAAAAUAUG